AGGGGGAAUAAGAAGGAGAAAACCUGAGAAGGCAAAACCCAGGAGACCAAGAUUCAUUUUUAUUUUAUUUUUUCGCAGAUGACUUCCAACUGCUGAAGAAUGAUUACUUAGCACCUUAUAACCAACAGUGUUGUUUGGAGUAGGGAACCACGCUAUAAUUGUCACAAGUGCUACCCAAAUACCUGCAAGGUGGAAGAGAAGAGAAGGGAAGGGAAGAAACGGAAAGGGAAGGGAAGGUAGGGAAGAAAGGGGUGAGGUGGAUGUAGAGGAGGCGGCGACGGGGGGAGGAGUGAGGCUCUUCUUCCUCUAAGAGCAUUAACUGUCGAGUGUUCUGGCGGUGACAGGACUGUCAGGGUCAGAUGGCUGCUCAGCCUGAUUACACCGGCUCACCAUAUAUCCUCGUCUACGAUACGACAUACUGCCAAGCUAGCACGUUCUAGUUGUGCGGCGCAUUUCGGUUCUUUUCUCGGGGAGGCAGAGGCAGCUCGGCGUCAUCCAGGAAGGAGCUACAGGUGGUUGCACAAAAGCGUCAAGACUACAGUUUUCUGCUGUACGUCGUAGAGAGAACCGCGCGUGUUACGUCUCUCUCUCGAGAGAUGACUUAAAGCGAAGCACUGGUUGAUGGCGUUUGUGCGACAAAGUGGUGACUACUGCCACGCCCAACACAUGUAGACCCAACCAAUGAUGUACUUGUACCAUGCAGUUGUGGUACCCUGAAGUCUGAAACAAAACAAAUUGUGCCUGGCCAAACAAGCCAUCUGAUGGGGUAACAAGUGGGGCCUCCAAAUUUAAGUGGAGAAGGACUGGAAGACCUUCACUUGCAGAGCAUAAAGGACUGGAAAGAACUGAUAUCAGUUUUGUGAUAUUAAAACACGGAGCUGACACAUUGUUGCCUCCUGGGCUACGCAAAACCGAUGGGGUAAAAUAUUUUCCUCCAUUUUGAAAUCAUCUUUUUUAAAUUUCAACAUUUACAUCCACCCAACGAUUCAGGCAUCCAUUGAAGUCUCAGCAGCUAUACAGCUGGAAAUAAAGGUUAGAACUCUUCCCUGGACAAUUGUGGGCCAAAAGUCAAACAGGUCAUCAUGAACCGUCCAGCUCCUGUGGAACUGUGCCACAACCACAUGCGAUUUCUUAUUACACAUAACCCAACAGACAGCACCCUGGGCUCCUUCACGGCGGACCUGAAGCGAUUCGGAGUCACAACAGUGGUUCGAGUCUGUGACAUAACAUAUGACAAAACGCCACUGGAGAAAGAAGGCAUUACUGUGGUGGACUGGCCAUUUGAUGAUGGUGCCCCACCCCCCAGUACACUAGUUGAUGAUUGGGUGAGUUUACUGAAGAAGAAGUUUCAGGAGGAACCUGGAUGCUGUGUGGCUGUUCACUGUGUGGCAGGCCUCGGAAGGGCUCCAGUGCUAGUUGCACUGGCUUUGAUAGAGAGUGGAAUGAAGUAUGAAGAUGCUAUUCAACUGAUCCGACAAAAUCGGCGUGGAGCCAUCAACAGUAAACAACUAACUUACCUGGAGAAGUAUCGAUCCAAGCAACGACUCCGCUUUAAAGACUCUCACACCAACAAGAACAAGAAGUGUUGCACUAUGUGAAGACACACAAACACAAAGUCAGUCACGCGUUGGGGCAAAAGAAGAUUGCUAUACCCUAUAGAGGCCUUGCCUAGGAAGUAAUGCUUUUUGUUACCCCCCUUUCACUGUAAUCCACCGUUUUCCCGGUUUGCAAUAACGUUGGGUCUUUAAAAAGAGUAUUACAUUUUUGAUGUUUGCUUCAGUAGCUCGAGCAGCGAUGAGGGAAUGGAAAAAGUGGGCAAUUCUGAUUGUUGAGGCUUGGUGAGGUUGCUUGGUAACAGAUAAGACAGUUAAUUGAGGAAAGGGCAGGUUAAUCUUGCAGCUUGUGAUUCCAAAUUUAUUGGGACAUUUAGGUUGUAGUUGUUGUACAAAUAUUCCGUAUAAUUUAUUGACAUCUAAUUUUUUAUUCUUAGAUGCCCCAAAGUUGUCUAACUUGAAACAAUUCGGAGAAAAAAAGAAGACCGGAAAGGCUCAUCUUGUCCGAGAUGUUUUUCACAUGAAAAUCUUAAUGCUGUAAGCAUGUUGGUGCGCAUCAAGCCUUCUCUCUGGUUUUCACAGCCUAUGUUUGAGUGUUUACAUUUCAGAGUGUGCAUUUUUUUAUCCAUCUGCAACUGGUUGGUUUUAUAGAGGUUUUGGAAUGAACAAUAUGUCACCAAUAACCGUACAUGUACACAUGUGUUAAUGACAGAAAAAAUAGAAUACAAGAGAAAACAAUAACAGUAAUAAUAAAUGAAAAUUAACCAGUGAAAGUCAGACAAAUCUUUUGACAGAGGUGGCCAUUUUACAAAAUUUUGCCAGUGCGUCUUGCAUCAUCCAUCAUUUUUUCAAGCCGAAAAAAAUUAUAAUCGUCAGUCGACCGGACCGUCAUGUUAUUUUAACCGGUUUCCUUCAGUGCUUAGUCCGUCAUUACAUUUUUAUUUUGUUUUUUGUAUUUUCCUUCAAUUCGUCAACAGUCAGCAAAAAGGGCAUCCGUCAUGGAUGGACUGACGGACCUUCCGUCAGUACUGACAAAACACCUACCUUUGUGGUUCGGCGGAAUUAUUGUAAAACAACAACCGACUUGUGAACCAGGCCUGGACAAAAAUGAUGGUACACUUUAACUUAUUUUAUUACAUAAACAUUUGAGGCAGUUACUGCAAUCAAACAAUUUUUCUAACUUUCAAAGAGAUUUAUGCCGCUCUCACAAGGUAUUUUGGCACACUCUUCAUAAGCAAACUGCUCCAGUUGUCCCAGGUUUGAAACGUGCUGUCUCCAGCGGCAUGUUUCAGCUCCUGUCACAGCUGUUCCAUUGAAUUUCGAUCAAGACACAUAGAAACCAAAUAAGAAUAGUCCAAUGUUUUGCUCUAGAUUGUUUUUGAAGCUAUGUUUUGGGUCUUUGUCCUCUUGCAACACUUGUGACCUGCGAUGGAGACUACGAUUACUGACACCUUGAGAUUUCAUUGCACACUGUACAGAUUCAAGACACCCAGUGCAGAUGUGGCAGAUCAGCCCCAGAACUAGAACAGAGUGUUCUGCAUGUUUCAUAACAGGCACACUGUUUUUUUCUUGGCAUGUCUCAUUUGUGAGUCUGUGAACACUGAACACACAGCUGAAGUGCCUUGCCAAAAAGUUCUAGUUUUGUCCCAUCUGUCCAAUGGACAUUGUCCCAGAAGCUUUGGGGAUUGUCAACCUACAGUUGUUGUUGUUGUUGUUGUUUUGGUGAUUCAUUUUCAACAGCUUUUUCCUCCUUGGUCAUCUCCCACAAAGUUCACUUUGGCUCAGAAACGACGGAGGGUGUACUCUGACGCUGACUUACCUUGAACCUAGAGUUUACUUUUACUGUAAUUUCUUUGGGGUUUGUUCUGGGCUCUUAUUUCACAAUUUGUAUUCUCUUCAAUAUGUCAUUGAUUUUUCUUCUGGAGCCGGUUCCAGGGAGUUUGGCUACAGUCCCGUGGACCUUAAAUUUCUGAAUAACACGUGCAGCUUCAGGAACACCAAGCUGCUUGGGGGUGAUCUUGUACAAUUAAUGUGUUUGUCUAUAAUUUUGUUUCUGUUUACCUUCGCUUCAUUUGGUCCUUGUUUAGUGUGUUUACAAACCAUGUCACCAAACAGCACAGGGACUACUUGUCACCCUUAAUAUAAGCCUAAAAUUGUAAUUAGUGGACACUUAUUAGUUGAACAUUUCCCUCUUGUCAAAUUCUUUUCGAGGGGUCUUAUCAUUUAUUUUCAGUUCUGUCAAUUAGUUUUUUUUCAAACACAGUGAUUCUAUUAAACUAUAAAUUGAACAUCUGAUUCUCAUUAGUUAAUUUUCAUAGUUUUUUUCAUUUAUUUAUUAUUAUUAUUAUAUUAUUAUUAUUAUGAUUAGUCGUAGUAGUUUUCUUUCAUUAACAGAUGGAUGGAUAACAAUUUUGCUCCCGUGUGUACAUGAUCAAAAAAUGCCUGUAAGGUGUGGACUAAAUGUAAAUAUAAAAGUAUAUAUGCUUGA